AUGGAUAUGCUGCAAGAACGAAGUUUCAAAUCCAAGCAAGUGGAUUUAGAGGAAGAGGAGGACUUCUACUAUGAUUAUGGGGCGGAGGAAAUUACAGAUUACCAGGACCCCAGUGAACUUGUGGCCGCUCUCAAACAAAAGGAGGAAGAAGUUAUUUUGGCAGCCCAGCUUGGAAACGCACUGCUCCUGGAAAACCAACAGUUGAAACAGCAGAGCCAUACACUUCAUGAGGAUUACGCUGAGAAAUUUGAGGAGCUGGAGCAGGACAAGCAUGAGCUGCGGAUAAAACUGGAGGGGUGCCGGUCGCAGCUGGAGAGCCAAGUGAGUGACUUAGAGAGGGAUGUCCGGGAGCUGAGUGCCCAAGUGGAACACCUCACCAUGGCCCUUACCGAGGCCGAACGCAACAAGAGCCGAGCUGAACUGGAGCAUGGAGAGAACACGUUGUGCCUAAAGGACCAGCUCAACUCAGGGGGGGGGGGGGGGGGAGGGGGAUGUGGGGGGGGGGGGGGGGGGGUGGGGGGGGGGGGGGGGGUGUAA